AUGUACAGGAGCCAACUCAAGCUCCCUGAGCUAAUUCUUAAAUUUUCAGAAACUGGCAAAGCUACAAACCAGGACUUGAGUUAUUAUUUUGUUGACUGUCUAAACGGUUCUGCCUUGGAGAAGAGCACUCCAUUUGGACAGGUGAAAGGGAAAAUGAUCAUCUCCAUGUUGUUAGCACUUUGGCUCCUUCUUCAUUGGUCUUGUGCCUUUCCUGCAAGAAACCUUUCUUUGAGAUGUUUUCAAGACACUGAUGAGUUCCUUCUGAAUUCAGUAGUUCCCAAGGCUUAUGCAAUAAAAAUGUAUGAUGCCACUGGGAAGCUGAGUAGCAACAUUCUGAAUGGGAAUGUGGACGUACUGGGAUCUUACAGUGAAUGCUUCUCUGUCACAUCUCCUAGGGAGCACUUUCAUGGGUGAUACUGCAAGCUUCAGAGACAGCAGGAUGGAACUGGCUACAGUACUGGCUUAUGUGUUCCUGACUCCUGCACUGAAGAGGAUGUAGCUUUGAUGACACAAUUAGAUAUUUUAAAAUUCAGGAAUGUCUCAUUUUCAGCCCCCUUUCUAGACUUUUCUUUAAAUUCAACCUCCUCAGUUUGGGGUACUGCCAGAUGUGCACCUGGGCUUCUCCCACUUGAUGCAUUUGCUGGUCUGUGUCUGUGCAUUAGUCUGCUGUUCGUUGCCUUGCCAGUGGCUGGUACUCUCUACGUGGCAGCUGUGCGCUGGGCAGGAAAUCGUGGUGAAUUGCCAUCUGCUGAUUUAGCUCUGGCCUCCUAUGGGAGUUUGUCUUUGGCUGAGAAGGAGGGAGAUGAAUCAAGAAGAAAUAUGGGAUGGACUGUGUCUCAGAGUGGCUCAUCACUCUCAGGAACCUGCAAUAAGAGCUCCCACAGAAGAAAAACCUUCUUGGGAAUCUUGGACCGAACUCUGAAAUGUUUUUCCUGGCAGAAGAACACGCAUUCUGUCUGGACUCAGAAGCUCCCUGAAGGGGCCUCCUCUACAUUAAAUGGCAUCCAAGUCUUGAGUCUUUUAUGGAUCAUUUCUGGACACACCAGUCAGAUGACCGCCUGGCAGUCUCUGGACAAUGUGCUUGAAUGGAAAAGCAGAGUACUCAAAAAUCCCUUCUACCUCUUUUCUUGAAGUGGUCCAUUCUAUCUUGGGGUUGAUACAUUUUUCUCUUUCAGUGGCUGUUUAUGUGCAAGAUCAUUUUUAAAGCUGUACCUGAAUUCUGAAAAAGGAAUAACUCCCUGAAUCACACUGAGAUACCUUUUCAAUCGACUUGCAAGGUUGCAGCCUCUCCACUUGUACUCAGUAUGUUUGCUAGUUGGAUUGUAUUCCCUCGUUCCCUGGGGAUCUGUCUGGGAGAUUCCCAUAUACCAUCUGGAUAACUGCAGGAAGACGUGGUGGACCAAGCUGCUCCUUCUGAAUGACUUCAUCUCCAUACAGAAUCCUUGCAAUGGCUGAACGUGGGAUCUCGCUGAUGAUUUCCAGUUCCAUCUUAGAACACCUCUUGUGAUCUUCAUCCAUAGAAAGUGAGUAAAUAUGCUCAUAUUCCUGGGAGCUGUACUCUUCCUGACAUCUUUCACCAUCACUGCUCAGCUUUCACUGGCUUGGAAACUUCCUGAUGCCUCCUCAUCAGAAGCAAGAGAACAUAAAGCUAUCUUGUAUUUCCUGGAGUACUACACCAAGCCCUGCUGUGGAUAUGGACCUUUCUUCAUGGGCAUAUUGCUCAGUAUUUUCAUGCGCCACAAUGAUCAGGCUAAUAUUCCCAAGAGCAAGGCACAGGCUCUCACCAGGUGGCUUUCUUGCUUAUUCACCCUCUUAGCAGUUUUGUCUCUGGCGUAUAUGGUGGAUGACUCCUUUGACACUUAUUCAGUGGCAGCUGCCAUCUAUCAGGCACUUCACUGAACACUGUGGGCUGUUGCUGUGGGUUGGAUCAUUUUUGCAUGUCAAGAAGGCUAUGGAGGUCUGGUGAACCAAGUGCUUUCUUGGGACAUUUGGAAUUUACUUGCCAACAUUAGUUACGCCCGCUUCUUGGUACAUCCGAUGCUGAUCAUACUCUACAAUGGCCUUCAGGAAACUCUCAUUCACUAUGCUGACACCAACAUGUUCUGCGUUUUCUUGGGACACUGCUUUUUGACAUUUACCGCUGGGCUGGUCCUGACUGUGUUCAUUGAGAAGACCUUUCAAGAACUAAAGAAAAAUCUCCUUGGAGCAGUAUACACAGGACAUCCGAAUGGAUGA